AUGCAGGCCGAUGAAUAUAAUGGAAAGACUGUGCUUGUCAUAAAUCAUACUCAUAUGGUUAGCUGUUCCUCUGGAGAUGAAUUAAAUCUGGAUCCAGGAGCUAAAUUCUCUUCAACAAAAGUGACAUUUCACAAGUCAAUAUGGAGCAAUCUAGUUGAAGGUGUUAUACAAUACUGUCGUGUUGUUUUUGAUAUAUUUUCUACAGAAAAACCUAUAUCUAUAGUAACAUUUGAUGAUGAAGAAAAAAUUCAUUCUAUAUGGUUAAAUGAAGAUCAGAAUUUGGAUACUAUUUGGAAUAUAUUUUCCCAUGAAGGUCCUCCAAAAAGUUCUUCAACUAAUCUUGAUCUCAAAUCACUUCCUGGUUUGUCUUCAGCAUGUCAUUUGUUACAAAUGUUGACACCUCAUCAAAAGGAAAAUAAUUGUACUGAUAAUAAAGGUAGAGUGGUUGUCCUAAGUAUGUCUAUGAGUAAUCAGAUUAAUUCGUGGAUUCCAGAUAUUUUAGCAACUUUGGAAAAAUCUGUCGAUGCACCAGAGUGUGUAGCUGUUACUUCAAGUGAAUGGAUAUUUAUUGAUUUAUUUCCAUCUUCAGAGUUUUCAAUGGAGGCGAAUGAAGUAUAUCCGAAACGUAUUCAGCUGCCUGAUCAUCUAAGUUCAAAUGUUCAACAUCACUUUUAUUAUCAUAAACUUCAAGCUACCAGUCAAGAAUUAUAUCAGGUUUAA